GUGCAUUAAGGGGCCUGGUCAACCAAAGGUUACAAGAAAAAUGGAGGCACAAUCCUCUUCUCUGAGGUCUCUCGUAGCGAGAGAUUUGCUGAUAGAAGAAUGGCAGCUUGUAGAGAGAUCAGGAGCUACUGUUCCUCCUGCCCUCCAGGAAGACUACUUGGAAGGAGAUUGCCUGGUUCACAUUGAUUGGUUGAGUGCUGCUGUCUCUUCCUCGGUCCCUCUCCCUCACCUCCCUCCUCCUCACUGUCCUCAAAUGGCUCACUGGUUGCUCCAGCCUUCCUGUGCAAAGGACCCAGAGCUACCUUGGAGACGCAUACAUGUUACAUGCUACAGGAAACAGGAGCUGGCAGAGGACAAAGAGGAAGAAACGAUGAGGUUCCUUGUUCCUAGGAAUGACUUCUCAGUCGAUAGUCUUCACACGUUUCUCACCACAGUCUCUCAAGAGGUCACGCUUUCCUCGUGGAGGAAAUUGACUGAAAAACUUGAUAAAUCAUCUACUAAUGAUACAGCAACACCCAACAAGAAGAAGAACAGAUCAAGCACAUUAACCUCUUCAUUUGUUUCUCAACUGGUGAAGGAGAUUUACAACAGGGAGUUAAGGCAGAUCCAUCCCAUUCAGAAAGAGAAGAAAGAAGAGAGACAGACAUCAUCCUCAAGCAAAUCUGGGUCCCCGCCUCUCGUGAGCAGCGAGAACGAAGGAGUAGGGAGCGGGCGAGAGACCCUCUCUACUCUUAUAGCUGCCCUAGAGUCUGAAAAAGCCUUUUACUUCCUGUACAAGUAUCAGAGGUUCUCUCUCUUUGAUUGCGUAGUCCAUAGCCCGGCCAUGCUAGAGAAUUCUACUAAACGACCUUUAUUCAUCCUCUAUCAGCUCCUCUAUAUGCUCUCAUACUGUCAUUCCAAGGGGCUGACACUUGGUGGGGAUAUUAAUCUUAGAAAUGUCUACGUUGAUGGGAGACUCUGGAUUCAGUAUUACCUUCCUCCCUCCUCUUUAGUCUCUGCUAAGGAAGGACAAGGAGCAGAUGCUGUUGAUAAUGUAUUGCCUAAAGCCACACCCACUUUACAAUCAACGCCCACUCAAAAGAUUAAUGUCAAAGAGUCCAGUGAGAGUGUUCUUCCUCCUCCUCCUCUUACGCUCAGUGAAGCUGUUACUAAAUGGCGUUCGGGUCAACUCUCAAAUUUCGAUUAUAUAAUGAUCCUUAAUUAUCAUUGUGGGCGGAGACUGGGAGACCCCAACAAUCACCCGAUCUUCCCGUGGGUUACCGACUUCAGCCACAAGAAUGGUAACAUGAGGGACCUUACGGCCUCUAAGCACCGCCUUGCCAAAGGAGAGAGACAGCUUGACUUUACCUACCAGUCAGCACAAGAGGAGCUACGUCGCUUAAACUCUUACACUCUCGGAUCAGUCAUACCUCAUCAUAUUGGUGACAUUGCUUCAGACGUCACGUAUUACGUCUAUUUAGCUCGGAGGACUCCUAAAGAGGUACUAACGGACAGGGUGAGACCGAGGUGGGUCCCUGAAGAGUAUCCGUCAUCAAUUUCAAAGCUGUACGAGUGGACACCAGACGAGUGCAUACCUGAGUUUUAUACAAACCCGGAGAUAUUCCGCUCCAUACACGAAGACCUGCCUGAUCUGGGGGUCCCUGGGUGGGUCUCGUCUCCCGAGGAACUCGUUACUUAUCAUCGCCAGGUCCUAGAGAGUGACAGCAUCUCCAGUCAGCUCCAUCACUGGUUUGAUCUGGUCUUUGGGUAUAAGCUGGUGGGAGACUCCGCUGUUAAAGCUAAGAAUGUCUAUCUCUCGCUUGUGGAUGGUCACUCGACUCCAAAGACUAACGGAAUAGUCCAGCUGUUUCGCUCGGCCCAUCCCAAGCGAACACAGACUAGCUCAGCCCCUCUUGUAGUCUCCCAGUGGCAGCAUUACCUUAGCAUGAGCUCACUUCUCUCUCUCACCACUUUCGAUAUCAGCCCUGGCAACAGUGCCACGCCCCCUAGCAAUGAGGAGAAAGGAGAAAAGACCCUGGCGUCUAUACUAGACAAUGGGAGCCUCCGUCAUAAGAAAUCUAAUUCAGUCGGUGGCCUGUUGGAUGACGGAUCUUUUGAGCAUGUGGGGUAUCCCAACACUGAUAACACAGUCGCAGACUCUGUAUAUUAUAAUGGGGGGUUUUACGAUAUUGGGGUUCUCACUCAGACCCCUUCUAAGGGGGCAGUGACUGGGCGUGGGACCGAGAAUCUCGGGAUGACUGGUUCUGAUGUCCCUGGUGGUAAACCUGGUCUCUUGAGGAUACUAAGGUCACGUAAUAAGCCGAUAGCCACUGACACCACCGAGCUCUUUGAGUGGCAGUACAGCAACAUUGCAGUCCAGGACAACACUGCACCUCUUCUUACUCUUACUCAAGCCGAGGAGGUGUCUCAUUUCUUGUCAAAGUCUUGUAAAUGCACUGGACCGACCGACCUCGGGCAAUGGAAGGAAGAGGAUCUACUGGUGCUUCAGGACACCAAAAACGACUACCCAAUACACAAGCAGCUACAGAGACUCAUGGAAGACUACGAGAAAGGCCACACCUCUUGCUCCUCCCAUUCCUUCAGUGAGAGGGUCCUACUGGACAUUGCUGCUGUGGGUUGUGUGGCACUUGAGCUCUCCUGCAAUAAGUACUUGAGAUCAACCCUACCUAUUGGAGGGUCCCUUCCCGCCAGAUAUAAAAUACUCAGACGAUUAUUGAAUAAUGAGCAGCUACAUAUACCAUAUCCUCUUCAGUCUUUUACUGAUCUGUUGUUUGUUGGUUCUGGUAGUAGAGGAGACUCCCUUGUUCCACAGAUGAUCCCGUCUUUAACAUCAACCAGUCUCAUUCAGCAGUUCCUCCCCCUCCUUUCCUUCCCUCCUUACUUUGAGCCUCUCUAUAAGACCCUCUCGGAAUUUGAGACUCGCUCGAAAGCCGUCGGCCUUGCCACACCCCCAAUCAAACCCAAACACUCUGAGGGUAAAGAGCUGCCCCGCCCACAAGAGACGGGGGAUGUCAUAACCUACAUUGCGAGUCAAUUAGACGAGAUAUUGCCUCAGUUGGAUCAAGACGGGAUACAUCUCUUCAUGCUCCACGUUUUCCCACUUUUUGAGAAUCCGUCAAGCGUAUUUGAGUCGAUAUUCAAUCUGUUUGACAAGAUGGCUGCCUACGUUGGUCUCAGAGCAAUGAGACAGGUACUUUUGCCGUGCUUUCUUUAUGCUUUUGACACGUUUGAAAAACCCUCCGAUAACUGCCGACUCCUAAGCCGGGGCAUGGCCCAAAGCAUCAUAACUCAUUUCGGUCUUAAGAUAUUUCUCUCGCGUUUCGUCGGUUGCAUAAUUGAAGCACUACUGGAGCCAUUCACUAAAAGAGUAGGUGGGAAUAAAGACAAGCUAAACACUCCGGCCUCCGAUCAAAAACAGCAACAGAGUUUGAGUCGAUUAUCAAGCAACAUAACACAGCAGAACAUGGUUAGUCUCUCUACCAUAAACUGGGAGGAUUCUCCUAAUCCAAGUGAGGAUGAGGAUGGGUACGACAGUGAUGAGAACUACCCAGAGACGUCAAUACUGGUCUCCAAUGCUCCAGUCACAUCAAUGCUGGCCAUGCUCUCUGAUAUAGAGCAAAGUAAGGAAUAUAAUCAGCUACCACCUGAGGGGGAGAAAGAAGGAGAGACAGAACUUGAUAAUGAAGGGAAGAUGAGAGAUCCUCCUCCUCCUCUUUUCGCUGUAUCCAGUUCACCUCUCUCGUCUCCUCCUCUAAUUAAAGAGCAGCCCUCAGUUCCCACAGACAGUAUCACUAGCACUGCCUCAGCUAAUAAUGAAGAGGAGCCACUAUCUCCUAUUAAUCCUCUUGUUCCCAUGGUAACCAAUGGGGACUCUCCUCUCUUACCCUCGUCUGGAGAGAGGGGAGGGCCUGGUCUGCCAUUACUUCUCUCAAAUGAGUCAGUUGAUGAGAGAGAAGUUGAUGUAGCUGAUCCUCUAGGGGAGGAAACCAGUCAAACGACUCCUCAAAUGUUGGCCAUUUCCUCUCGUAUCUCUGAGGUUGCCUCUGAUUGCCUCAUUUGGUUGCUAUGGAGACUCGGACCUCUUCUCUCUACUAAACACAUCAUUAGACCACUGCUGGACAACCUUCACAAAUGCUUUGCUCCAAUAUGUAAAUCAGGUCACAGUGCCUGUACCAGGUAUGUACUGAGUGUGCUGUCAUCAAUGGUCCAGUAUUAUGGAGAGGAUGUCAUACUUCACCUUUACAUUCCUUUCAUCAAGAAACAGGUUGCUUUCUUGAGUAAGAGGACAUUGCUCUCAAUAAAGGCUGAGUCAGGAGUGGCUGCCUCUGUUGCCCUCCUUGAGAUGUGUGUCCUUAAAACAGGCAACCCUGAUGUUGUAUUUAGCUUCAUGCCUGACGUGUCCAGUAAUUACUUCAAGCCUCUCUUUGAGGUACUCUCCUCCAAGUCCCUUGCCUUUCCUAACGGUCGUGAGGCUCGGGUAGCCAUAUGUCACUCGGCAGUUGAGCUCCUUAAGAAGAUUUGCGAGGAAUUAGGACGACCGCGGUCCAGCGAAGUCCUAAUGGACGCUCUCCAGUCGUUCUUUAAUUGCUAUAGCACGGCCCAUAACAAGAAGGAGGAGUCUAGUAUACUGACACCAGUAGAGGGUUACUUUACCGAAGAGAAGGGAGAGUACCCCGUGGGUACUGCCCCUUUCCCUCACCCUCCACUCUCUGAGAACCCAACUGCAGUAGAGGAAGUCAUGGCAACCUUUAGUCCCAGCAUGGUGCACUGUGCUUACGUUGAGUUCUGUAAGCUCAUUGGUCAGAUAUCGCUUAGCAACCACAUUCGUAAUAAAGGCGUCAUAGACGAGCUUCACGCCAUUUUCUCUGGAGGAGGAGAGAAUGAGAAAGGAGGAGAGGGUAGCCUAGACUAUUCUAACCUACCACUACUCGGUUUAACUGAUGUUGAUUCUCUGAGUAGCUCAGACAGCACUACAGCUGGGGAGACUAACCUUGACCUUCCCUAUCAGUUGGGGCCGGCUAUAGCUCUACAGGGUAGGUGUGGCUUAGGACCAGACUCUGUCUCUUUUGGUCAGUCCUCCUGGUUUGUUGAUCCGGUUGGAGAGGAGGGAGGAAGGGGAGGGGAAGGAGGUGGGGUUGAUACUGUUGAUGGUGCUAUUAAGCCUUCCACUCAGCUGCUCUCCACUCCUGUUGGUUUUGCAUCAGCAUUACGUAACACUCUCUCGUCUAGUGGGUUGCAGCCUAGGGGUUCUCUGAGUGAUGUUGGGGGUGUGGUAUCAUUGGGUAAGGUAGAGGCUAGUCCCGGGAUUGGGCCAGUGUCAAGGCGUGGGUCUGUGCUUUUUGAUGCUAAGUUUGGUACUGCUCCUGCAUCUCCUGGGGCUGCUGAUGGUACUGGAGGCUCUGUGGGUAUUCAAACUACAGACACAAGGGCCAUUGAUAGUAAAUUAAAAGGUAACUGGUCUCAGUUCUGGCAGAGUAAUGUCGGCCAUGGGGCAGGUUUUUACGAAGCCUAUAGCAGAUUUGAGAAUUUAAAAUUACAAUCGUACAUUGGGCACAGGUCAACCAUUAAGUGUCUCCAUGUUCAAGACAGUGAGCAUAUAUUUAUCAGUGGCAGUAAAGACCGCACGGUUAAGAUAUGGUCGCUUCACAAUCAAGGUGAUGGUAGCUUUAAUUGUGGGUACAGGCAGUCGUAUAACAUGCACCAGAGACCUGUCUCUAAUGUCACUGUCUUUGAUAGCCUUCAAGCUAUAUCAUGUGAUGGGAGCGUUCAUUUGUGGGAUAUGGAGACCUCCUAUUGUCUACAACAGUUUGUAUCUCCUCGACCAAACACCCAAUUCCUCGCCAUGGAGACACUGAAGGACACUCCCUCUACUGCUGUUGUAGCAACAGGAGAUUUUUACUUGAGGUUUAUUGAUAUCAGAGCCCGUAACAUGCAGCACCUGUGGAAGACACACUUUGCCACUGCUGGUAGUAUUAGAUUCCUGGCCCAUCAUAGCACUACACUAGUUGUAGGUAAUACUAAUGGUACAUUGAACACCAUUGACAUAAGAACUGGGGAAUUGCUGGGCUGCUGGAAACCAACUGACAAAUGGCCUCUACCACCCACCACUUGGAAUGAGAAUCUAUUUCAGUUAAAGUUUACUGAGCGUGGUAAUAUACUAACCAGUGCUGGCCCUGGCCUCAUAUCACUCUGGAAACCAAACGGCCGUGACCUAAACCACUACAGAGGUCAAAACUCUCACACAUCAUGUCUUGAGAUGUUUGGAGAAGAACUGGUGACAAUUUCAAACAAUGGUCAGGUACUUGUUCAUGGGUCAUUCGAAUUUUUGAGAGAUAAUAUUAUUCAUUCUACCAAAAUAAAACCAAAGGAAAUUCGUGGGAGUAUAACUUCCUCUGCUAGCCUGCCACAGAAUCAAUUGCUUCUGCUGGGCAGUGACAGCGGGCAGCUAGUACUGAUGGCUUAGUGUACUGGAAUAUACAGAGAGUUACAAACACAUACAAGUUUGCAGGUUUUUGUGUAUUAUAGAAAAUUAAUUAUAAUUUUAUAUUGAUCUGAACUAUAAUUAUGUAAGUGUCUCAAAUUUCAAAAUUAAAAAUUAUUAUAAAUACUAAAGGAAUUACAAAAUAAUGUUUACUUAUUUUUAAUAUUGAUAAUAAUAAUAAUAAUAAUAAUAAUAAUAGAGACGGGUUACGUUACUUAAUUUUACUGUCACAGCACAAGUAAUAAAAAUUUUAAUAACGAUAAAUGAUUAUCAUUAUUAAUCAGUUAGUGGCAUUUGAAUAA